CUGGAUGGAACGGUCGGUCGGAUCGUGUUAAUUGCGAUAUAUCUAUGCGGGAAGCGUAGGUCUGAGCGUUUUUCUCUUUGAUCAUUUUCUUCAUUAUCGCGCAAAACUCCAUCCAUCGACUUAUAAGAAUCUCGACAGCCUGCUCCUCGCUGCCCUGCUUUGAUAUCGCAGUGCAAACAACCACACCUUACCCUUUGUUCCCAAAUACGCAGAUUACAACACUACCCCUCAUCCUGGAGGGCUGCUUUUCCUAAACACACAACACACUUCCAUCACAACACAACACAUCAACACAACUCCAUCAUGGCACCACGAAACGUCGCCGUCACAGAACCCCACCCCUCCGUCCCCAAAACCAGCAACGCCUACAUCCAUUCCGGCCGCGGCGGUGCAGGCAACUACAAACGCUACCAAACCUCCGAACUCAGCCUCGGGCCUUCAGCCACCGGCCCGGCAUCACGCAUCAACCUCUCCCUGGCGAAUCUCAAGCGGCCCUCAUUCGUCGCCAACGGCCGCGGCGGCACCGGCAACAUGAUGCACAAGACGCCCGGCACCGACACCGAGGAGCGCAUGUUCCAGUUCGACGAGGAGAUGGCGCGUCGCAGCGAUGCUCAGGCCCCCGUGUACCACAUUGGCCGCGGCGGGGCGGCCAACUUCGUUGACGAGAGGAGUUCGUCGGCGUCGCAGCGGAGUCGGCAGGAUUCUUCGUCGUCGUCGGCGUCGAUGAGGAGUCAUUCUGAGGAGGUGCGGGGCGCUUUGUCCAAGUUGACGAGGCGGUGGUCGUGAGGGAGAGGCUGUUCUAUUAACGAUUAUCAUGUGUGCGAGCAUUUGGUUUCCUAGCAAAGCAUGGGGUUGGUAAUGGGUCAAAAAAAGUUCGAUUGUUUUCAUAGUCCCCAUGUGGACUCGGCGUCACGAAACGAUGCCUGCCGUGGGGGCAGGCAGGGGCAAGCAUCAUUGGAAGGCCGGAUGCCUUGUGGUGCAUAUCAUAAGUUUUGCCUAGUUCUUCUGCGGCUUUAAUAGCGUCGCAAAUCUAUUCGAGACCACGUCUCGUGGCAGAUCA